UCAUGGCUUUCGAGAAGCAUGCGCGCUGAGGAUUUUUAGUUACAAUUCCUUCAUAUUUCUUGAGAUUUUGAGUGCUUCUCAUUAAAAGUGGAAUAGACAAACUGGUGCUUUUGUAUAGAAAUCUUAUAUCCUAAUUUGGAACUUUACACCAACAUAGUCCUUUGUUUCAAAUGUGUUCGUUGAAAAGUGAAAUUUUAUCGGUUACAAAACUAUUUCAGAUUAUCUAAGUUUACUCCGAAUUCAGAACAUUGGAAGGGAAGAAAACAUACAAAUCCAAAAUCAAAGGUGUAAUUUUCACUUAAUGGAAAAUGUUUGAUGAAUACAUAAGUAUGUGACAGAUUUGCUUAAAAAUUGUGCUAAUCUUCAAAGCAAUGGAAACAAGGGACGAUCUGAAUAAAUCAAUACUCAUCUGAGUGUCCGGAGUAGUUAGAGUUGUAUACAUAUGUAUGUAGGCAAAAAACAGUUUCCGAUAUACUAUCUGCCCGUCUUGUGAUGCCAAAAUGGGGUUGAUAAGUUGUUUGUAUAGUAAACUAACCACUAAGGAUAGUUAAAGUUGGAAAGAAUACCUUGGUAUCCGAAUGUGAAAAAGUGGACGAUUAAAGCAAACCAAAAUGUUACAAACCUAUUUUCGUCGCGAUGCAAAAUAUGACUUCGCUUCAAACAAUGUUGUCUUAUGCAAGCUAAAAAGCGACACCCUCCUUUUAAAGGAAUACAUCACUAACUUUCUUGUAAACAAUAAAACGCUUUAUGUAUUAAUAAUCUAUUAUUGUUGUGUACUUGUUACAACAACUCCUGCAGUAGCUAGUGAACAUAAUAAAUUUUUUAUUAGACUUGGAAAUAUUGAAAAUUUUAGUGAUAACGAGAUUAGUAAACGUGAGCAUUAUGUUUUCAUAUUUAAUGAAUCAUUCUAUGUAGAUGCUAAACGAAGUUUAAGGCCGCAAUCAAGUCCUGUGCAAAGACGUCAAAUUGUUGACUCCUUGAAUAUGCCUAGCGAAGGCGAUGAAUACGAAAGUGAAGAAUUUACUGAAGAAGAUGUUAAUUUGAAUGCCACAUCCGCAAAAGGACUACAUGUUGGAGCUUUGUGCGAAGGAGCCUGCAGCAUAAAAUUGCAUCACGUUAACUGUGAUCCAAUUACUAAAACUUGCAGUUGCGAUCGAAACCACCCAGUUUUAUUAGGACUUUUCAAAGGAUGUGGAAAACCAAAACAACUUGGAGAACAAUGCUUUUAUCAUCAAACUUGUAAAUAUAAUGACGAAAACUCACUAUGUGUUCAAGUGAGUCAUAAUGCACUUUGUCAAUGUGCACCUGGCUAUCAUUCUGUGACUUAUACAAAGCCAAUGAAGCGAGUGUUCUGCACGGAAGAUUUAGCGGUCAUCACAUCUGAUCUUCCAACUCUGUUAGGCGUGACUACGGGCAUUGCCGUCUUAGCAGGAUUGAUAUGUAUGGUACUACAUUUAUUCAGCAAAACAAAAUACCCACGUCAUAGGAAUUUAGCAGAUGCCAAUAUACCUCCACCAAUCAUGUAUUCAAGCGAUACAGGUAUCUCCCUGACAGCCCAAUCUGCGCGUCCAUCAUCACGUUCCAGCCUACAUUCAAGUGGUUCAAUCGGUUCAUAUGGUAAUCGUCGUCCAUCAAGCGCCCCGCAAUCCGGAUCGAAAGGUGUUCUGGUAUCAACAUCACGAACAGGUUCUAGACGACCAAGUCUAGCAUCGGUUCAUAGUACCAGUUCAUCCAUUCGAAGUUAUGGUGUUAUGCGUUUCGAAAAAGAAGCUCAACAGAAAGAGAUUCGCCAAGAAAUGAAAUUGCGACUAACACGGUUGCAACAACAACAAUAUUGUACUCGACCGCAAAUAAUCGUUGGAGGAACUGGAUCACAUGGCGCUAUUACGAAAAUGAUUAUGCCAACAACUAGUCCGCUUACACCAAAUUCCCUGGAUGAAUUACUUCCUUCCGUUGAUGAAUCACAGGAAAUAUUUAUCCCAAAAAUAGAAAACGACAUUUCAAAUAAUAUAGCAUACCAGGGGCCAUGCAGCUCUUCUAGCGAAGUUAUUUAAAAUUUUAAAGUUUUUUACGAAAAAAAGUAAACUACGAAUUACGCAACAAUAAGCUAAGUAGGAACCCAUCCAAAACCAAUAAUGAAUUGUUAGGAAAUAUGUGUGAAUGAAAUAAUACUGUUGAAAAAA